GGAAGAGGAGGGAGAGUGGCGGAGAAGGGAGAGAGGGAAAGGCGGAGAGGAGAGAGGAGGAAAGGGACAGACAGAGAGGGGAGAGGGAAAGGGGGGGAGCAGAGAGGAAAAAAAAGAGGAGGUGGGAGAGAGAAAUGGAUGGAGAGGUGUAAUGGUGAGCCUGUGGAUUAUCAUCGAUUAGAGGACCCGUGAUGCUGUGCCAGUUGUAUCCUGUGAUAUUGGCUGCACUACUGAUUUCGACAGGUGGCUGGGCGGCUGCUGAACCGGCUUCAGUGACCCGCACACUGUUCGGGAUGGCCGGCAGCUCACUGGAUUUUGGCUCCGUCUACGACCUGGGCGUCUGGCAGGACCUCCACAGCGUCACCCUGAAGGUGACCCGUGCGACCACCCUCCGCGCCUUCCAGUACGUCUUCUCCGGCCGCGGGAUGAUCUCCACCGCCUCCUAUAAGGACCGGGUGAAGUUCGACCCAGUCUCCGGCUCGCUGCAGCUGCUGAACUUCACGGCCUGGGACACCGGGAAGUACAGCAUUAUUCUCAUCGCCAGUAAUGGCACUGAACGCAUCGUGCUCAUCCGGGUCCUCCUCUACGCGCUCUCCAGGCCAGAGAUCUGGGGACAUCAGUCAGAAAAUACUAUCUCACUCAGCUGUGUGGUGGAGAAUGGGACGGAGCCUCAACUAAACUGGAGUAAGGAUGGCGUAAGUGUGGAAGGAGGUGCCUGGACUCUGCUCUCCCAGGACAGGCAGAACCUCACCCUGCUGGCACGCCUGCCGGCAGUCUGUGGCAUCUACACCUGCCUCAUGUGGAACCGGCUUGGCGUGGCGUCUGCCAACUAUUCCCUCCAAGAAUCUGACGAGUUUCCAUUUUGCCGACAAAAGCCUGCUCCGAGGAGAAGGGAGUUCCAUGCCUGCCUGAUAGUGGUGGUCCUCCUCGUGCUGCUGCUCAUUGGGAUCUUUGUGUGGGUUAAGAAGAGGAGGAACAGGGCAGUGAUAUAAGCCAAAGGUCGACAUUCAUCCACAGUCUGCUGAAGAAUAGUUUUCCUUGUGAGGUGUUAUCUGAGGUGUCCACCGUCACACCAGGUGGAGGACAAACAAUGUGCCAGAUGUCAGGGAAGAGGCUUCUGAGUGAGGCCCAUCCAAUGCGAGAUGUUGCUGGUGGAUAUUCUGUCUCUAGACAGUUAUUUAUUGUGGGGAUAAGCUGCUGGUCAAUUAUGGAGUGAACUCCACGUGGAAUUACCUGUCAGAAUACUGGGCACAUGGAGAAAGCAACUACUACCCUGACAGUAUUCAAUGGCUCAGGCACUGACAACACAGAGAGAAGCAGCCUCACUGUUUCAGCGUGUGACCAGCCGUAGCUCAGGAUCAGGCCCUUCGGGGUGCUGAGUCUCUCUGUGGAAGCUGUCCAAGUGUGUCUGACUGCUGUUCCGUUAAUGAAGGACAGUGCGGAGAUGGACAACCAGAUGGCAGCAUGCAGGUUAUUUAGCUCAAUGAUUUUGAUAACACUGCUUGUACAGUAUGUGAACUCCUCCCAUGUGGUAGUGGGUAACUGAGUGGUAGAGGAGUAAUCCUUCAACUACCACAACAUCUCCCGUUGAGAAAAGAGAAAAACUAGCUAUGUUCUUCUUAUCUAUAGAACUGUGUUGAAAUUACAGUCACGAAAUUAUAGUCAUAUUAACCAUGAAACAUAACUUAUUCUCCUGACAUAAACAUAAAAAAAUUGCCAACACUAUAACUGUCUUUCUCUUUGUUUUUAUUGGUCUCACUUCGUUUCCCUCCUUUUAUUCACCAAUUCCUUUUUCUUAAGAACAGUCUCACCUUGUGAAUUGUUUUCAAUAUUAGAACUUUUUUUUUGAACUUUAUUGAACAAGCACAUAUUUACAAACAAGCAUCGGCUAUCAGUCCACAGUUCACUGCACAAUGAUUAACAAUACCAGGGGUAGAAGAGAGGAGGAGCAAGAGAAAGAAGAAACAAAGAGCACAUACAUACAAUUACAUACAAACACAAACAUACACAUGACCUACACACUUUACAUCACCCCCUCAAUGUAGAUUUACAUUUAUUUCAGAUAACAUCACAGUCCUCAGUAAAUCAACUCAAGUCCCACAUUUUACCAGGCCCCUGUAUGGGCCUUUCACUGUGCCAGGUACACUAUAGCAGAGUUCCAUCUUUCCAAGUAAGAGUCCAUUUUCAGUUGUAAGCUAGCAGUGAUAUUUUCCAUACAGUUCACUUCUUUCAGUCUCUGUAUCCAUUGUUCCAAAGUGGAUGGGUGAAAUUUAAGCCAGUUGACAGUUAUUUUGUGAGCAAUCAGAAUCAAAACUCUUAACAUGUAUAGUUUAUUCUUCUCUAAUGUAGAUUGCGGGAGGUUGCCUAAAAUUAAAUGACUAGGUUCAAAGGGUGUACUUAUAUCUAAAAUCCUUCUUAUUUCCUCUGUGACCUUGUACCAAUAUUCCCUUAAUUUGGGACAGUCCCAGAAUAUAUGUGCAAAAUCUCCCACUAGGCCACAGCCUCUCCAGCAAAGUCUGCUGUUUUUUUUCUGCGUAUAACGGUAUUACUAACGGGGUUUUAAAGUACCCCAUCCUUAUCUUCAAAGCAAAUUCCCUCCAACUGGGAUUAUUCAAGUAUUUAUGCCAUGACACCCAAAACAUCUCCCACUCUUCCUCAUCUAUUAUGGUAUUUACCUCCAACUCCCACUUAUGUUUAACAUCUAAUGCGUU